AAGAUCAAAACGACGACAGUUCUAAAACCUCGGAGUUACUUUCUUUGAUGAUACAUAUAUUAUAUUCCAACGAGUCUCUCUCUCACUUUCUAUCUGAUCUCCCUCUAACAAGUUAAUUUACAGACCCUUGUGCUGGAAACUCAAAACCCUUUUCUCAUUUUUGGUCUUGCUUUUUUUUGGUUUCUGCUUAGAACUCAGAAAGCAAUCUUGGGUGGGUUUUAAUUUGGUUCUGGGUGUCUUGGGUUCCCUUUGCUUUUGAUUAUGGGCAGUUGGGGAAGACAGCAACAACAGCAGCGGGGUGAUACUUAUCAUCAACGAGGUUCCUGGACUAAAUUUCAGAACAGAAAGCCACCGCAACAUGAUGAUAGUUGGCAGUUCAGCGUGCCUUCCUGGGAAAAGAAGUUUUGUACGUCGGUGGGCUCAGUUCCAUGGAAAAAGCUCUUAGAUACAAAGAGGUGUAUGUAUCUUUAUGAAAAUAUUGUUCAAUGGAAUGAUUCUGCAGGUGAAGAGGCAUUCCAAAAUGCAAAAAACCGUUUUUGGGCAAAGAUUAACGGUCUUCCCUGCAACAUAUCGUUGCCUGAUCCUGAUAUUUAUAUUGAUGAAAUAGACUGGAACUCCAGCAUUGAUCCUGAACUGAUUUUGGACUUGGAAAGGGAACCUAAACCCUCCGAUGAUGAAACCAAAGGAGAGGGUGUUAUUGUUGGUCAUCCACUCCUUUUGAAUCAGUCAUUUUCAUGCACUGGAUGGGGGGAUGCUGAGGAUGACUUCAAAAAAGAUGCCAGCAGAGAUGCUGAACACUGGGGUCCUGGAGGGAAUGCAGAUAAUAAAGAAAACCCUUGGGAACCUGUCUCCGAUCAGAAUAAAGAAGCAGUAGGAGGAUGGGGAAGUGGUUGCAAUAAGUGGGAGAAUAACGAUAACACAAGUGAUUGGAAUACCCAUUUUGAUGAUCCUCAUAAGAAAAUGGAUUGGAAAAGAGCUGAUCGAGUUUAUUGGGGAAAUGUUGAUGCAAGGAACAGAGCGAAUAAUGGUGGUGCAAGUUGGAACAACUCAAGAAAUAGGACCUCGAGAUUUCAGGGUGAUUAUUAUCAGAAAGAUCGAGGGUGGAGGAAUGGAGGAAGAAGGAAUAGAGAUAAUGUUGGUUAUCAACGCAGUGGAACUUGGAAUGAUUGUCAGCAAGUCUGAAAGUUCAUGUAGUUGGGCGGAAAUUCAUGGAGUUGGGAGGAACCGGGUCUGUGAGUGUUGGUUGUCUGAGUUUUGAUGGUAUGUGUGCUAGUGUUUUUUGUAUUCUUUUGCUGUCCUCCGUAGGACAGAAAGUAAAUAAUAAGGUUUAUGACCUUGGCAGAGUCGAACCAAUUCAAUUGGAAUUGGUUCAGUUUGUAUGUGUAGCAUUACUAUAAGUCUAUAAUAAUAUAUGUUGAACAAGACUUGCCUGAGGCCUCUCUAAUUGUGGGAGUGCGAGUAUGUUAGUAGAGAUGUGUUGUAUAUAAUGAUCGGAAUAUGAAACUUCAAGAGGGACCGUGGUAAUGUGUUAGGAUAUGGACCAGAUCAGCUUCUAUUUGGAAUGGUUCCAUCAGAUCCAGUUUAUGAUAGACAACUUCAUAUC